GUUAUUCUUCCCGGGAAAGGUCGAGCCCACAACGGGGUCGUUUUGUUUUUGACAUUAAAAAAGAUAAUACGUAUAUAUACGUAGAAUUUUAAUCUUGAAAUCAUUUAGUGAAGUGUUCGCGUGUGUAGUUGACAACAGCAGACUUUUAUUGUGAAGAGCAGUUUGUCCGCGGAGCUCGUUUCGUCACUCGCUCCGCUUCACGUCGUCGUCAAUAACUUUAGCUCGUUGAUAGCAUCGGUGAUAAAAGAAGCUAACAUGGGCGGAAAGGUUUGCUAACGGCGAUGACAGCUAACCGCGCUGCCGCCGCCGUGGUGCUCGAGCUGUGAGUCCGGCAGAUGAGGACGGAGCAUCGGAGACAACAGCGGUGAUGAUGCCCGCCCAGCCUCUGCAGCAGACCGGGGAGGGUCCAGCAGCAGCCGCCGCCUGCUAACACCCGAGCCUGCCCGGCUAGCUGAUGCUGAUGACUGGCUGUUUUGCAGACAUUGAUUUCCAGCCCAGCGGGAGGCACCAUGGCCGGGAAGGUGAAGUGGGUGACGGAUAUCGAGAAGUCGGUGCUCAUCAACAAUUUUGAGAAGAGGGAAUGGAUCCCAGUCACAGAGAGCGAGGACUGGCAUUUCUACUGGAUGAGCAUCCAGACCAUCAGGAAUGUGUUCAGCGUGGACACCGGCUACCGCCUGUCAGACGACCAGAUGGUGAACCACUUCCCCAACCACUACGAGCUGACCAGGAAGGACCUGAUGAUCAAGAACAUCAAACGCUAUCGCAAGGAGCUGGAGAAGGAAAGCAGCCCGCUGGCAGAGAAGGACGAGAAUGGGAAAUACAUAUAUCUCGAUUUUGUCCCAGUGACGUUCAUGCUCCCGGCCGAUUACAACUUGUUCGUGGAGGAGUAUCGCAAGAAUCCGUCUAGCACCUGGAUCAUGAAGCCAUGUGGAAAGGCCCAGGGCAAGGGCAUCUUCCUCAUCAACAAACUGUCGCAGAUAAAGAAGUGGUCCCGAGACAGUCGCACCUCCACGUUUGUAGCAGCCGCUAGUGGUAAGGAAGCAUACGUGAUCUCCCUGUACAUUGACAAUCCUCUGCUGAUAGGAGGGAAAAAGUUUGACCUGCGUCUCUACGUCUUGGUGACCACCUACCGGCCCCUGAAGUGCUACAUGUACACGCUCGGCUUCUGUCGGUUCUGCACAGUGAAGUACACGCCCAGUACAAGUGAACUGGAUAACAUGUUUGUUCACCUCACGAAUGUGGCCAUCCAAAAACAUGGGGACGACUACAACCACGUCCAUGGAGGCAAGUGGACGGUCAGUAACCUCCGUUUGUACCUAGAGAGCACCAGAGGGAAGGAGGUGACCGGCCGACUGUUCGACCAGAUCCACUGGAUUGUGGUGCAGUCGCUGAAAGCUGUGGCGCCUGUGAUGAACAAUGACAAGCACUGUUUUGAAUGUUACGGGUAUGACAUCAUCAUCGAUGACAAGCUGAAGCCGUGGCUUAUCGAGGUCAAUGCCUCCCCCUCGCUGACAUCCAGCACGGCCAACGACCGCAUCCUGAAGUACAACCUCAUCAACGACACCCUCAACAUCGUCACGCCCAACGGGGAAAUCCCAGACUGCCGCUGGAAUCGCAGCCCACCUCGAGAAGCCUUGGGCAACUAUCAAGUCCUGUACGACGAGGAGCAGGCGCAGAGCGAGAAUGCCGAGCGUGACCUGCGGAGCCGAUCAGGUCAGUCGCUGGGGUCAAAGGGAAACAAGGGCAGUGCAGGCAUUCGCCCCACUGCCGCCACCUGGAAGUGAGCUGAUGUAAUUGACUCAUAAAGAAUUCCUGUACAAUAUUACAGGGUCCACCAGUCGGGCAUGUGGGGUAAAAAAUAAAUUUAAAAAGGACCACCCACACUUAUUUUUUAGCCCAACUGUGGAAUGAAGGACUGCUCUCUCUGAUGGGCAAUAACCCCACUGCUGGAGGGGAGAACAUCAACAAUGACGUCAUACUGAUUAUGGAGAGUUUAAAGUUUGUGACUGUUUGUAUUAAUGUGAAAAAAGGAAAAAAAAUGUUGGCAUGUGGGUUCAAUCAGGUCAAAUCAAAUUUUGAAACAGCAUCAGUUCUCAACCCAGAAUAAAUGUUCCCCCCAAAAAUAUCUCUUUGAUAUAAGAAAAUAUUGAACGAACCCUUGGGACGAGACUCAGUUGGACAGUUGGAAAACCAAAUACGAAAAUCCAUUGUGAGCAAGAAGGAUUAACAAUGAGCAUUAUGCAUGAUUACUGACAUCUUAAACCUGACUUACCACAUAGAUGCUCAAAAGAAAAACUGAAUAGAAAUAAAGAUAUGGAAAAAUAAAAGCAGUGACGUACAAGUGAUGUAAUGAAAAUGUUUAAGAUACGAUUUAUUGAUAGAUAAGUGAUACUUAAGAUAGAUAGAAUUAACAGGGAAAAAACAAUAAUGACCCUUGAAUAAAUUAAUUUAAUAAUGUUUUUAUAUAUUCAUUAUCAGUGAUUGAUUGUAUUCUGUGCUGAACUAUAUUGCACAUUAUCACUUUAUUUACUCAACUGAUAUCCCAUGAUGCAUUUUGAGUUUGAAUGCCGACAUCUUAUCUGCUCGCGUUUAACUUUAAUAUUGAUCCUGCAACUUUUACUUGCAGCGACUGAAAUAAUGAACUUUCUGCCGACGAAUAAACAUUCUGCAUUUUUAUUUCACUAAUGUUGGGCUGUCCGAGUUCAACCAUAUUCCGAUGUACUGUAUACUGUCAUUUGGUGAUUAAAUGCUGCUUUUGUACGACUUUUUUUUUUUUUUGCUUUAAAAUACUAGAAGAUCGAUAUCUACGGAUUGUGUAACAGAACUCUUUAUUUCCUCUUAAUCUGUUUCUAUUCUUUAUAAAAUUCCAGUUGAUGUCAUGCAAACAUA